AUGGAAUCUUCUUCAUCCAUCAGCAAAAAGUCACUCCACAAUAACAGCAGCAGUACCACCGCCCCUCACGUCGAGGAUCUUCUUACUUAUCUCCCCACGUACAGGGUUCUGAUAUGUAAAGACUGUCACUUCGCCAUCCAGCCGUCGGCGCUGUCGUCGCAUCUCCUGCGGCAUGGCUUCUACCGCGGCAAUCGCAAGAAACUGACCAAGACGCUCGAGCAGCUGGACCUCGCGGAGCCCGAGGAUGUCCCUGUGCCCAGCGUGGAUGAGGCCGCGGUGGAGGGACUACCUGUGGGGGAGGGGUGGGUUUGUGAGUUUGUUGAUGGGGAGGGUGGUGGUGGGGCAGGGUGUGGACAUGCGUGUAUGGCGGAGAAGCGCAUGGCGGCGCAUUGGAGGGAGGUGCAUGAUCGGCAUCAUGUUAGUGAGGUUAAGGCAAGACGGGCAAGGCUGCAGACGUUUUUUCGUGGGAGUAAGACGAGGUAUUUUGAGGUUGAGAGGGGGGUUGUUAAGGUGGAAGGGGAUGGGGAGGGGGAUGGGAAGGGAGUUGUGGGUGGGGGUGUGAGGAGGCCGGCGUUGGGAGCGAGGAAUGAUACCGCGGAGAGGUUUUAUGGGGCUGUUGGCGAACGGGUGGAGCAGAAGGGGGAUGUCCAUGAGGGGAAUGGGAACGGACAGGAGAGGAGAGGGAGCGUCUCGGGGGAUGGCUUAGGCCCAGCCUUACAACUCCAAGACCUCACCCUGCUCCACUACUGGCACAUCCGCACGGGCGCGACCAUCUCCCGGGGCGCAAAAGAAGACGGCGCCUACUGGACCAACACCGUCACCGGCCUCGCACUCGAAAGCGAAUUCCUCAUGCGCUCUCUCCUCGCCAUGACCGCCGUCCACUGCGCCUACCUCGGAAUCAAGAACCACGCCCCGAAAUCCCAGAUCCGCGCGUACCACAACGCCGCGUUGACGCACCACUCGCACGGGCUCGCGGGGUUCCGCAAGGCCCUCGAGGAAGGCAUCACGGCGUCCAACGCGGAGACGUUCGCGUCGAGCGGACGCUUGCUGGGGCUUGCGUUUGGCGCGGGCGUCGUGGCGGACGAUUGGCUCGAGGAACAUUCCCAUCCGUACGACUCGCCGUCGCCGCAGGAGUUCUUCAAUCGCUCCUCGGUAGGUCCCCUCGAAUUCCUCUUGCUGGUGCGAGGAAGCGUCGAGAUCCAAGUGAGCGCACAGGGAGCUUUUGGGUGGGACACGCCGUUCCGCCUUCCCGCAGAGAUUCUGAAUGCGUUUGCGUAUCCCUCGCCGAUUUCGUCGGGGAGUCCUGGCGAAGGCAGUCUCGAUCCACGACUGGCGGCUUGCGUCGCCGCAGCAGACUCCGUCCGGCGUCCCACGACCGACACGCAGGCCCUCGACUCGGCCAUCGCCUCGCUCUCCUUCUGCUACGCGGGUGGCCUGCCCUCGCACCCGGAAACCCCCAUCGACGAACACACCCUCUGGAUGCACAGCCAGGCGUGGCCGCGGCUCGUGUCGGAGACGUAUCUCCUGCUCCUCCAAGCGGAGGACCCGGCGGCGUUGAUUGUGUAUGCGCAUUGGUGUUAUUUGGUCCGGAGGCUGGAGGGCGUCAGUUGGUAUUUGCAGGGCAUGAGCGGGAAGUUGGUCGAGGGGAUUCAGUCGCGGAUGAGGGAGCAGGGGUAUGUCCUGGAGGGGUGUUUGGGCGAGACGGAGAGGUUGUUUGAGGGGUUUGAGACGAGGGGUUGA